AACGGAAAAUGCAGCUUUACCAGAAAAAUAAGUUAUAAUAUCGACUUCCAAAAAAGUACUAAACGCUUCACCGUUUCGGCCGAAGUGAUGGUGUUAGCGGCCCUCCCUUCAGGAAGCGCAUCUCUUCAGUGCUGAUGUUAUCUGCGAUGCCACGAUGAUCAGACCGCAUUCUGAAACAGAUCCUCCUUGCACGCUUGACAACAUGUACGUCGCAGUGAUGGACAACAUUUUCUUACUUGCGCUGGUCACUCUUCUCAGCGUCGUUCAGAAUGUGUUCUUCGCCUUGAAGGUUGAGAAAGAGUGCACCGGUCAACACUCUAAACAUCAUUCCGCGGCGUUCGAGCGUUUGUCCUGUGCGAGUCGAAACUGCAUGGACACUUACCCCACAUUUCUGGCAGUGCUGUGGUGCGCUGGUAUCUGCCUCAGUCAAGCUCCAGCUGCCUUUGCUGGCAUUAUCUACCUUGUGGUCCGGCAGAAGUACUUUGUCGGCUACUUAGGGCAGACUUGCCAGAGCAUUCCUGGCUUCCUGUUUGGGAAACGCAUUCUCUUCUUCCUGUCACUCAUGUGUGUUGUGGGAAUCAUAAACCACCUGAUGCUCACUUACGGCGGCAGCGACUACAAGGAGUACAUCCAGACCAUCACAAAAGCAGCGUCAACACUUCUGCUCUUGCCCUGAACUGCGCCAAACUGAUUUUUCUACAGUAAUACAAACUCAACAGGGUAGAUAAACUCUUUCAGUUAAUGGUUUGUCAGUUAGUCAGAGGAUGUGGCAAGAACAGUUUGAAGGGAUCAGAGUGAUGGUCACAGAGGCAUUUAUAAUAUGUACAUUAUACAAAGCUUUUUUUUUUUUUUUUUUUUUUUUUUGCUGUAACUAUCCCAGUAUAUGUAUUUUAAGGAAUGUUUUAAAUGGGUCAUAUCAUGCUUUAGUUUUUUUUCCUUUGAGGUCAACGUGUAAGGCUAGGAAAGAUUUGUCAAAAAUGUUUGAUUUCACACCUCUCUCUGAGCUUCAGAUUUAAAUGGUCGUUUUUUUUUGUUACUGUGCCUUUAAAAAUGGCAAGUUCUGCACCGGAUUGCAGGUUUCCUGUUGUGUGAAAUACAGCUCAGCAAAAUCAGCCCCUUUGCAAAGUCCGCUUUACAUGACAAAAUAAUCUGUGAUGAAAUGUCAGACCCAAAUUACCAGGGUAUAACUGCAUAUAGGGCUGAGCGAUAUAUCACAACCAAAUUUUCAUAUCAGUUGAUGACUAUAAUAAAUCUUUUAAUACCUAAUUUUUAUAAGGUGAAAUUAAAUUUUUCUACAGUUAAAAAUUCUACAAAUUAAAAUUGACCACAUUUAUCUCAUAAUAAAACCACACAUAGCACCUCAAUAUCAUGGUGUAAAUGUAUCUAUAUUCUUUCUAGGCAUUUACAAAAACAAUUGUCUAACUACAGCUUGAUCACAAGAAUACUGUAAUUACUCUGUUAAUUUAUGUCUACAUUAAUAAUAUAAUAAAAUUUCUUAUGAUUAAAUCCAUAGUAAAUGAAUGCAGUAUAUGCAUUUCCAUGUCCCAUUGUUCACAUUAACCCUUUUUCGCACUUCAAGUCAAAAGCCACCUGAAACAAGUGUUAAAACUUGUUCGCGAAUUAAGUCACUUUUAUUUGAAAUUCAUUGUUUCCAUCACAUGAUGGAUACUUUAAAAUGCCAUUUGAACUUUAAGCUGGUAUGGUUCAAACGAGUAGCACCGUUUUUUGUUUUACGGUUUUUACAUCAUAUUGAACGUUUAGCAAACAUUUUUUGAGGAGAAUUACAUUGCAACAAUUGUCAUUGUUUUAUCGCCCAGUCCCAACUGCACGUUUCUGUUAAUGGAACUAUAUGCAGAGCUGUAGGUGUGACACACAGCCAGAAUUUGUAAAAAAACAUAAUUAUUUAUUUCAGGAAUCCAAACAGCUAAAAUUUUAGAUUCCUCAUGAUAUGAUCCAUUUAAAGCAAUGAAGGUGACGCUUUCGCGUAGAAAGUAUUGUAACUAUCUUGAGUUUGCUGGUUUACAAUGUGAGGAUUUAUGAAAUUGACCUUUCUGCUUCAACAGAAUUAAGAUUAAGUACUAGUGAUCUCCAUUUCUUUAUGAUCGUUUUCGUAUUACUGCUGACAUGAGCAAAAUAAAGUUUUAUCUACAGUAAAA